AUGGCUUUCAGUGAACUAUUGGAAAAAGUGGGCAGCAUGGGACUGUUCCAAGUCAUCGCCAUUAUUUUUCUUUCCAUACCGGUUCUUUUAAUUCACAGUCAUAAUCUGGUACAGAAUUUUAGUGCUGGUGUCCCUGAUCAUUAUUGCAGAGUCAAUGGAACUGACAAAUAUAAUCCUUUCUUGAGAAUGGGAGGCUCGAAGACUUGUUUGAUAGAAGCCGAGGACAUUGCUGGCAACAGCACAGAUGUAAUGAUCAUGCAGAGAUGCCAGGAUGGAUGGGUGUAUGAUAAAAGCAUCUUCUCCUCCACCAUUGUAACUGAGUGGGACCUUGUCUGUGGUCUUGGGUCUUUGAAGGAGCUUGCUCAGUCCUUAUUCAUGGCUGGAGUGCUGGUUGGCUCCCUGAUAUUUGGACGUCUUUCUGACAGGUGGGGGCGCAGGGCUGCACUGCUGUGCUCUCUUUUGUUGAUAGGAGUGAUGGGCUCUGGGGCAGCAUUCUCUCCAAACUUCAGUACUUACUGUGCCUUCCGGCUGCUGAGUGGAGUUGCCUUAUCUGGACUACUUCUCAAUUACCUCUGUUUAAGUUUAGAGUUGGUGUCCCCCACUUCUCGCACCCUGGUGAUCUCUGUACAGGGCUACUGCAGUGCAGCAGGGCAGAUCUUACUGGCAGGGCUGGCAUAUGCCCUUAGAGAUUGGCGCUGGCUUCAGAUGGCCAUAUCUUUGCCCUUCUUCAUAUUCUUCCUCUACUCCUGGUGGCUCCCGGAAUCUAUUCGCUGGCUGUUAGUCAAUAAUAAACCAGAGAUUGCACUGAGAAAUCUGCAGAGAGUCGCAAAGAUAAAUGGAAGGAAAGAGGAGGGAGAGAAAAUCAGCCUAGAGAUGGUGCGUUGUGAGGUGGAAAAGGAAGAUACUGCAAAGUUUUUUAAUCCUAAUGGUGGCCGCCCCUCCCUGCUGGAUCUGUUUAGGACCCCAGGAAUGAGGAAGAUCACAUGCUGUCUGAUGUGUGUCAGUUUUGCCACCAACCUGUCAUACUUUGGCCUCUCUAUGGAUCUCUCAGGCUUAGAUUUCGGCCCACACCUGGUUCAAGUUAUAUUCGGGGCCAUAGAUAUGGUGGCCAAAUUUACUUGUGCCAUGGCUCUCAGCUUGCUAGGCAGACGUACGGUGCAAUCCGGAUCACUACUCUGUGCAGGGGCACUUCUGCUUCUAACAUUCACUGUACCCAAAGAUUUGCCUGUUUUACGUAUUGUUCUUGUGGUUUUGGGGAAGGGCUGCCUCUCAGCAUCCUCACUUUGUUCCUAUCUCUAUGGUGGCGAAUUGUUCCCUACAGUGGUCAGACAGACUGGGAUGGGAGUCACAACUAUGAUGGCAAGACUUGGUGGCAUCGUAUCUCCUGUAGUGUUAAUGGCUGGCGGUACAUUUCCUUUCCUUCCUUUGCUUCUGUUUGGUGUGGUUCCAAUUGUUUCAGGGAUAGUUGCCUUUUUAUUGCCGGAGUUACACAACGCACCUCUGCCUGACACCAUUCAGGAAGUGGAAGAGAGGGCCCGUGCUGAAAAGAAGAAACUGAAUCCAAAGGAAGGGGAAAUUGUGAUCAGUGUAGUUAUGGCAACCAGAUUUUAG